UCUCCAUGCUGCGUGCAGCGUCCCGGGCCGUGGGCCGCGCUGCUGUUCGCUCCGCGCAGCGCUCCGGGACUUCGGUCGCGCGUCCUCUCGCCAUGUCCCGGCCUCCGCCACCUCGCGCCGCCUCUGGCGCCCCUCUCCGGCCCGCUACGGUGCUGGGCACCAUGGAGAUGGGGCGCCGCAUGGAUGCGAGCGCUAGCGCCGCGACGGUACGCGCCUUCCUGGAACGCGGCCACAGCGAGCUGGACACGGCCUUCAUGUAUUGCGACGGCCAGUCCGAGAACAUCCUGGGCGGCCUGGGGCUCGGGCUGGGCAGCGGCGACUGCACAGUAAAAAUCGCCACCAAGGCCAACCCCUGGGACGGGAAGUCACUGAAGCCCGACAGCGUCCGGUCCCAAUUAGAGACGUCUCUGAAGCGGCUGCAGUGUUCCCGGGUGGAUCUCUUCUACUUACACGCUCCCGACCACGGCACUCCUGUGGAGGAGACACUUCGCGCCUGCCACCAGCUGCAUCAGGAGGGCAAGUUUGUGGAGCUUGGUCUGUCUAACUAUGCCUCCUGGGAAGUGGCUGAGGUCUGUACCCUCUGCAAGAGCAACGGCUGGAUCCUGCCAACUGUGUACCAGGGAAUGUACAAUGCCACCACCCGGCAGGUGGAAACUGAGCUCCUCCCCUGCCUCAGACACUUCGGACUGAGGUUCUACGCCUACAACCCUUUGGCUGGGGGCCUGCUGACUGGCAAGUAUAAAUACGAAGACAAGGAUGGGAAACAACCCGUGGGCCGCUUCUUUGGGAAUAACUGGGCUGAGACCUACAGGAACCGCUUCUGGAAGGAACACCACUUUGAGGCCAUUGCCCUGGUAGAAAAGGCCCUGCAGACCACCUACGGCACCAGUGCCCCCAGCAUGACCUCGGCCGCCCUACGCUGGAUGUACCACCACUCACAGCUCCAGGGCACCCGAGGGGACGCAGUCAUCUUGGGCAUGUCCAGCCUGGAGCAGCUGGAGCAGAACUUGGCUGCCACUGAGGAAGGGCCCCUGGAGUCGGCUGUCGUGGAAGCCUUUAACCAAGCCUGGAACAUGGUCGCCCACGAGUGUCCCAACUACUUCAGAUAGACUGUCGUGGCUCAAGAUCCCAGGGGCUUUUCUGCCACCCCAUGGAGGAGGAGUCACCCUGGCCACUCCUUGCCCAUUGCUGACCUAGUGUGUGCUUUUCUGCUGGUCUGUACCUGUUUCCCGUCUGAAUAAAGCAGGUGUCUGACCUGGCUGCAGCUGGGACUGAACCUCA